AUGUUCGUUCGUGAAUGCCGUAUCCUUCCUUUGGAUUUCGAUGGAGCAUCUCACCAGAGUCGAGCAUUGGACCUCGUCAAGGAGUUCAAAGUGAGCCACUGCUAUCAAGAUGCAUCACAUUGCAACUCUGACGUUCCUCUUCCAGGAUUGAUGACACAUGAUGUCAAUGUCGUUGCUGUGUUCGAUUACAUUCUUCCUCUAAUGGUGCAUAAAUGUUUACUGUCUUGGAGCUCUGUCGCUCAAUCACUUGAACAGCCUGGACUUUUCCGCUUCAUGGAAGUGAAUGACAAUAAUGACCUAGCACACCGUGUGCAUUUAAUCAAUUCAAACGUCGCUGUAUUCUACUUCUGUCAAUUCCCUCUCAUCAGUGAUGUCAAAGUCAUAGAGAUGAUAGAGAACAUUAUCAGGCAUUCUGCGCUUGUCACCCCGUUGGAGUGUGCUUCACCUAAGGAUCGCAUUGUGCGACUUCUCAAGAACAGCAAGUUACUGGGCAGGCGUUCUCCCACAUACACGUCUGCGCUGCCCCAGCAACAUAUAGCCAUUCUCGAUGUCUGCACCUUGAUGGAUAGCUAUCCCUAUGCAGUUGAGAGAGCACACAUAUGA